UGUCCACAGGGCUGCAAAAGGAAGCUCAGAUGGCGGUAUGAACUACAGCACUGAAUAAGGACACUGACAACAUCAGUGGACUUCAGAAUGGCCGACGGGGAAGGCAGAUCUGUUGUUCAGACUUUUCACACAAUUCCCCAGAGUCCCAUGAAGAGUGAUCUGAGGAUUGUUCUACUGGGGAAGAGCUUGGCAGAAAACAGUCGCGUGGGAAAACUCAUAUUAGGGAAUGAAAAGUUUGACAGUAAAGCGCCAUCAGAUCAGGUGCAGACAGAAAGAAAAAUGCACAAGACAGUGAUCAACGCUCCUCACCUUCUCCAGCCACAUCUCUCAGACAAUCAGAUCAUAGAGACAGUGAGAAAGUGUCUGUAUCUGUCUGAUCCAGGACCUCACGUGAUCAUUCUGGUCCUUCAACAAGAUCAAUGUUCAACAAAAGAUCAAGAGCAUGUGGAGAAGGUGCUCAACGCUUUCUCUAACAAAGUUUAUGAAUACACCAUGGUGCUCACGACACAAGAGUCAGACAGUGUUGAGCCAGCCAAAGUCAAUGGCUUUAUAAAGGAAAUGAUAAAAAAAUGUUUUAACAGACAUUACAAACUUACAAAGAACAGCCCUUCUGCUGACCUUAAAGAGAAUUUAGAGAAAUUUGCACAAAUGAACAGUGGACACUAUCUGAUUUGUGAUGAAUUUGAAGGUUCAGAGAAUUCAACGGAGCAACAGGACAGAGAAAGAGGUCGUAAGAAGUCACCUUUGACCGUUGCACUAUUUGGCAACUCUGCAUCAAUCCAGUUUCGACAUGACAACAUUUUACUUGGAGAAGAAGAGUACUGUUUUAAAACUACAGACACAUCCAGGAUCAUUCCUUUACCAAGGGAAAUAGCAGAACACAACAUCUCUGUGAUCAACAUGACUGCCAGAAAUGAGACUGAACUUAACAAGGACUGUGUGGAUCAUCUCAUUGAUCAACUAGUGAAUGAAAAUGAAAUCCAUGCCUUCAUCUUUGUUGUGCGACUGGGUCAGUUAACAGAUGCUGACAAGAAGAGUCUGGAAUGGCUUCAGAGAGUGUUUGGUGAGAAAGUUCUUCAGUUUGUGAUGAUUCUCUUCACCUAUGAGACAGAAGAAAAGUCUAAAACUAUAAAAUACCCUGUUCUGGAGCAACUGCUGGAGAAAUGUGGAGGAAGAUUUUACACCUGCAACAAGAUGAUGAACAACCAAUCAGAGAUGAGAGAACUGAUGAACAAGAUUGAGCUUCUGUUUAAUGAGAAUAAACAGCAGCGCUACAUUGAAAUAAGGCGAAACUUUGAAAAGAGUGUAAAAGAAAGUGAUAGAAUCACAAUCACGAAAGAGAAUACGCAGCGAAUCUCGACAACCAUGGGGAAAGAUACACACAAGGUAAUAGCUUUAGAAGAAGAAACAAGAUUGGAACAAGACAAUGCAAAAGAAAUUGAUGGAAAAACAAAGCAUCUCUUGAAUAGACUUCAUCUUAAAGGCAGGCAUCAUAAACUGACAACUGCAGAUUUUCUUCAAUUAACAGCACAUUCAUUAAAAUCCACUGAAUCUUGUGCUGAAGAAGAGCUGAUUCAGACUUUCAUGCAAAAACUACUGAUGAUGAACUACAGAGCAAGAUACAUUCAUGUUGAGAAAAACGGACAGCAUCACAAAAAACAAAGAGACUAUGACUCAAAUGCAGAUAUGGAUGAUAUCUUUAAAGCAAUGUCUUUUUCUAAUGAAGGAAUCAAUCAAUCUGAUCGCAUUCACCCAAUGGAUGUUCAGAUGGCCGUGUUUCAUUGUGCUGAUGGUUUCCUGAAGCAGUUGAUGGUCACUAAACUGUCCCAGUGUCAGUACGCUCUGCCUCUGCUUGUUCCUGAUCCAUUUACACAACAGAUUGAGUUUCCUCUCUGGACAUUCAGACAAAUCAACAAGAGCUGGAAGGUGAAGAACACCGACAAUGAAAUCAUCAGUCAAACCCAUCCGGUCUACAAGGCACAAACUCCAAUGGUGUCUUUCUUCAGGUUUGGCUCUGUGUCUUCAUCCAAGUCUCAGCUGAUGAACAGUCUGAUCAAUGAGAAACACAACACGUUCUUCCACAGGAACUGUCCAGGCAGCAGCAGAACCAGAGUCCUGAUGGAUGGAGUGGUGGAGAUCGCCUGGUUCUGCCCCUCUGGGAAAAACACGGAUAAAUUCACGGACUGUAUUGCGUUCUGUAAUCUACACGGUGAUGCAGGAGAUCAUGAGAAACAGCUGAAGAUCCUCACUGAAAUGGCCUCAGUCAAUGUUGUUAUUCUACCUAAACUUCAAAACAAUGACAAAAGUGCAACAGUAAUCCAAAAUCUUUACAGGAACAGAAAGCCAUUUAUUUGCCUUUUUACUGAGGAUGAAUCUCCUGUAACCGAGCCGAUAAAAGGAAAAUACAAGAUUGGGUUGAAAGACAGAAAUCAGUCAGAAGUAUCUGAAGAACUCAAAAGAACUAUAAAUGAGUGUCUCUCAGAAUCAGCUUCCACUUUCAGACUUGAAGAUUUGUCCAAACACUCAACAGACAUCAGAGUAGAUGAGGAAGAUGAUGAAGACUGCAGGAGAGGAAGAGAAGCAGCACAGCAGAUGAUGAGUUUACUGGAGAAGAAAGAUUUGACAGAAAUUAAAGACUCAUUUCUGCCUCAUCAGGGGAAACUGUGGCAUCAGUGGAGUCAGAAGAACAAAGAACUACAUCGACCUCGAGCAUAUGAGACAGAAAUGGACAUCAGUAGAAAGAAAACCGAGAUGAAGAAUAUCCGCGAACAGCAGCAUGAUUCUAACAUCACAACUUUUAUACAGUUGUUUUUUAAACAAAUCCAAUGUCACGCUGAGAAUAAGAUGUAUUUUCUGAAAUGGCUUGAAAUCUUCCUAACCUCAAAAAAUAUUUUUGUUCCUUACAAAUACUAUAAAUCUGAACAACUAGAGGUUGAACAAACUGGCCUUGAGAGAAUAUCUGAGGAACUUCAAGCCGCAGCCUUUGGGUUGGAGCACAUCAUGAGGGAGAUCGGUCAGAUCUAUGAAUCAUGUUCAUUUGUGAAGAAGAACAAGAAAGAUCUACAAUUUGACUUCUCUUCUCUCCCGAGUCUUGCAGCAAAGAUGAUGAUAUCUGGAUUUCCACUGGAGCUGAUGGAUGGAGAUGCUGCUCAUGUUCCUGUGAUCUGGAUCUCUGCUGUUCUAGAUAAACUCAUCCAGAAACUGGGAGACCAGAGAGUCUUUGUGCUGUCAGUUUUAGGGAUUCAGAGCUCUGGGAAAUCCACCAUGCUGAACGCCAUGUUUGGACUCCAGUUUGCCGUCAGUGCUGGCAGGUGCACCAGAGGAGCUUUCAUGCAGCUGGUCAAAGUCUCAGACGAGAUGAAAACACAGAUGAACUUUGACUAUAUUCUGGUUGUUGAUACUGAGGGUCUUCGUGCUCUAGAACUGACUGGAAGUUCAACAAGACAUCAUGACAAUGAACUGGCCACAUUUGUUGUUGGUCUAGGAAAUUUAACCUUGAUCAACAUCUUUGGAGAAAACCCAUCUGAGAUGCAGGACAUUCUUCAGAUUGUUGUUCAGGCCUUCCUGAGGAUGAAGGUGGUCAAACUGAAUCCCAGCUGUGUGUUUGUGCAUCAGAACGUUUCAGACGUCACAGCUGGAGAGAAAAAUGAGGAGGGAAGGAGACGACUGCUGCAGACACUGGAUAAGAUGACAAAACUUGCUGCAAAAGAUGAAGUCUGUGAUGCAGAACGUUUCAGUGAUGUCAUUAAAUUUGAUGUUCAGAAUGAUGUGAAGUAUUUUGCUCAUCUUUGGGAGGGAAACCCACCCAUGGCACCACCAAACCCAAACUACUGUGAGAAUAUUCAAGAACUAAAGAAAACUAUUAUGUCUCAUGCCUCAAAGUCACAUGGAACGAUGCUGAUAGACUUAAAAGAUCGUAUUAAAGAUCUCUGGGAGGCUUUACUGAAUGAACGAUUCGUCUUCAGCUUCAGAAAUUCUCUGGAGAUUUCAGCCUACAGGAAACUUGAGACAAAAUACAGCAAGUGGUCCUGGAGUCUUCGCAGUGCCAUGAUGGAAAUUGAGAACAAACUACACAACAAAAUAGAAAAUGAAGCAAUUCAUGAGGUUGAGGAAACCGAUCUUCAAAAAGAACUGAAGAAGACAAGUGAAGAAGUGGAGAAAUCAAUGUCAGAAUUCUUUGAGAAAGACACAGAUGCAGAUAUACUGGUUCAAUGGAAAUCAUCAUUUGAAAUCAAAAUCAAAGAGAUUCAGGAAAACAUUGUGAGAGAAACAAAGAAGAAAUUAAACGAGAUUCUUCAGCAGCGAGACCUGAAGAAAAAGAUUGAUGAUCAGAAGACACAUCAUGAAAACACUCUCUUUGAAAAGAGCAAAGAACUUGCCUUAAAACUCAAAGACAAAACAAAUGAUGAAGAAACACUAAAGAAAGAAUUUGAUUCAUUCUGGAAACACAGUGUGAAGAAGAUCAUCAGAGACACUCAUCCAAUAAAAGACAAUGACAUAAUGAGAGAUGUGAAACUCUUCCUCAGUGACAUCUAUGAAAGUGCUCCUAUAGGUCACUGGAUGGACAGCACGGAUAUUUUCUCUAUGCCAAGUUAUACUCAAUACGUUCUUUUCAAAAAGGAGUUCAAAGAGUCUGUAAUCAAGUCAUCUAGAUACACUCAAACAUUGUCUCCAGAAGAUAACAUAAGAAAUUUCAUCACAGAUGUUGCUCAGCAGACAGACAAAAUGAUUCAGUCAUUCAACAUUUCAAAGAUGGGCUACAACAUCAGCUGCAUUCAACAAAUCACAGAUUACAUCAAGAUGAGAGUAACAGAACAUCAGAAAACAUCUGUGGAAUAUGAGUUCAAGAAUGAAUUCUUCAUGGAUUUAGUUCAUUCCAUCUGUAAGAGAGCAGAGCAGAUGAUCUCUGACCAACACAAAAUGUUCAGAGACGCCAAUGAUCCAGAAAUAUAUGUUGAGAAAAAGAGAGAAGAGUACUAUAGUAUUUUCCAGAAAUACUGUCAUGGAGCAACAUCAGCUGCUAUUUUUGGAGAGAUCAUCUGUCAGAAACUGAAAGAGCCCAUUGAACAGAGUGUCUACAAGAAGACUGCCAGAGAUCUGACAGAUGAAAUAAUGAAAAACUGUUCAUCACUGAAUGGAAACAGAUCAAAACUGGAAAAACACAUCCUGAAGACACUGGCUGAAGAGGAGGAUUUUGACAAAUACAUGAACUACAUUUAUAAUCCCAGAGAUCACUUCAAGAGUUUCAUCAGAAAUAAAGUCAGUCAGUACAUCACUGAUAAAUUCAAAGGCAGUGUUUUACACAAGAUGAAGGAGAAUGUUAAACUCCUGCAGCAGAAGAUCAUAAAAGCAGCACAUGAAUCUACUGAACAUGUUCAAUUGAACAGAGGAGAUGUUGGUUUGUGGUUGAAGAGUUUCACACAGCAACUCUCAGACGUGCUGAUCUUCUCUGAAAAAGACCUCAGUGGAGUGAAAAUUAGUGUUGCUGAUAAUUGCAACCUCCUAGAAGAUGUGAUAAGAGAGGAACUUCCUGCUAUAAUGUCUGAUAUCUACUGUAAAUUCAACACAGAGGCAUUUCUAGUAAAGCUAGACUAUACGUUUAGGCCAGAUGAGAUUCUGAUUGAUCACUUCUGUCAGUGCUGUUGGGUUCAGUGUCCGUUCUGUAAAACAGUCUGCACUAACACCAUUGAAAACCAUCAUGGAGAUCACAGUGUUGCUUUCCAUCGUAGUAUUGGACUGAGCGGAAUUCAUUACGACAAUACAUGCAACUUGUGUACUCAUAUCUGCACAUCAGCAGUAGGAAACAGCAAUCUAUAUUUUUAUCCGAUUGGAUCAGAAGAUAAAGUCCUCUGGAGAGAUUACAGAACAGCAGGAGGAGUUUAUGCAGACUGGAGCAUCACAUCUGAUCUCUCUGAACUGCCCUACUGGAAGUGGUUUGUCUGCAGAUUCCAGAAAGAUCUGGAAAAAUACUACAUGAAAACAUUUGUGGGGAGUGGUAAGAUACCAGAUGAAUGGAAAAUAUACUCCAAACAGGAUGCUUUAGAGAGUUUGGAUAAAUACAUUUAACUGAACAAGUACAAGUUUCUUUUAGUUCUUUGAUUUACAGAAGUUACUUCACUGAAGCUGAAAUCAUCUAAAUAUCUUUGAUACCUUGGGACACUUUAGAGAGAAGAGUUUAAAGAUUUAAUAGCAUUCUGUUUCAAAAGACUAUGUAUUGGUAAACUGAUCAAUCAAUUAAGACUUAUAGUUGUUGGAGCAAAAUACCUAAAUGGUGACAAAAUAAUCGUUAAAGUCUUUAUUUGUCCUUUCUAAUUUAUUUUGAGCACUUCACAGCAUCCAGCUGACUUAAAAAAAUAUAUCUUCUUCUUUGCUUUCGCUAUUUCUUAAUGCCCUCCUUGCUCUAGCCUGUACUAUUCUAGACAUUGUUUAAACAUUUAUAUUAUCAACACUUCUCAUGUAAUUGUCUCCCUGAGAUGAAUCCUUGUUUUACUUAUUUACAGUACAAGUCAUUUUGGAUAAAAGCAUCUGCUUAAUCAAUAUAUGUGAAAAUGUGCGUGUAGUUUACAUUACUUUUCGUUGUUCAAUUUUAUUUAUGUAUUGUAGUUAUAGUUGAUUUCAUUAUAUUUUGAUUUUUAAUUUAUAUUAAAAAUAUAGUGGCUGGCAAAGGUAAUUGUUUUAUUAAGAUAAUUUAGGGGUUUAACUAUGUUCAAGUUCAAUGAAGGUGAGUCAUGAAUUUUAAAAUGUGCUGGGUUUAUUUUAGUCUCCAGAGUUUGUUUUCAUUUCAUAUUACUAAUUACUUUUUGCAUUCUUUCUAAAACCUGCCACAAACUUGUAAAAAUACAAAUAUGAUACCUGAUAGUACUUUCAGUACUGUCCAAUAAAUUCCUGCAAAUGUGCAGCUUUAUGUCUGUC